AUGCCACCGCCUUCACCCUCCCCAGUUUCGCCUUCUAUGCCAGAACCAAUCACGCCUUCUUCUGUUCAGAUAUCGUCGUCGAUGCCGGAAGACGAUAUGCCACGAUGGCGGCAAGCCCUAAGAAAUUUUUCGAAUCGAGCCAACAAUAUCUGCUUUGUAUUAACCUAUCCUUUCAUGGUCGUACUGACAGUGGUGGGCUUGUUUGUAGUGAUUGCCUUUUGUAUAUUUCCGACUCUGUUAUUGGCAACCAUGGUGGUCUGCGUUUAUUACUGUCUGACGGAUGAUCCGAUUCCACUAUCUGUUCUAUUACGAUACAUGCUUUCGGUAGACGAAGACGAGCAUGGCCACCCAGAUCAUUACACCAUGGCCCAAAAUCGACCAGUGGUCCAGAAAAAGCUGAUUGUUCGCGAAGUCUUGGACGUGCAGGACAAGACCGAUGAUACGGAACCAUCUGAGGAAGUACCACGAAGACAUCCCUUUCCCAUGACUAUAGUGACCGAAAAGAAAGUAUUGAAAUAUUCAGCGCCACUGGUCUUCAAGGACGAAGAGGAAAAUGAGAAUAGAGGAGUUGCUCCCCCUCCAGUGUCCCACGCCUUUCGACCAGCCCCUCCUGUCGACGAAGAAGUUGGAAUCCAGCUCCAGCCAACGCUUCAAGCUGACAAUGAUGAUGACGGCGUUGAUGAUGAGGAUAGUCUCGGAACGAUUUUACGACGAUUGGAGGAGUUUGAAGUUGCGAUUGAUGCAGAACAGAGAGAAAGAAGGAAGAAUGCCGCGAGAGAGGAGAAGGCAUCAGAGGAAGAAUCAAUGCCCAACAUUAGACUGGAGUUACCAUCUGGGUCUAAUGAUGGCGAAGAUGCGGACAAGGAUAAGGAUGGAGAUGACGAAGAAAACAGUACAAGUUCGAUACACGACCAUUCCAAGAUGGAGCAGGGAACAUUGGAGGAUGGGGCAGAGAAUGAUGUAAAUAGCGAUGAUGACAGGGAUGAAUCUGGCGAUGAUACGCCCAAAGAUGCAAUUGCUGCCCAGCACCGAAAUAAGAAGAAUGAAGAUGAUGAUGAUCAAGACGAUGAAGAAAAACCCUCUGCACCAAUUGCUAUUUCGCCAGUGCCGUUCACAAGAGAGGUAAAACCAAAUCAGGCAAUGCGAGAAGUGCAAGCAACGCAAGAGAUGCAAGAGACACCACAAGAGGAGGAAGAAGAAAAAGAAGGGAAACCUCAGGAGGUAGUCUAUGAUGAUUAUUUUGGGAUCAAUGAGCAACAAGACCGAGGGACAACCUGCGACAUUUGCUUGCUCGAAUUUGAGCCCGGUGAUAUGGUGUCAUGGUCUCCAAAUAUAGAAUGCACGCACUGCUUCCACAAGGACUGUAUAUUGGAUUGGUUGGUACGCAAACAUAGCUGUCCCAGCUGCCGAAAAGAUUACUUGAAGGGAGCCAAGGAUGACAAUGUUCCUGCUGCUUCUGUUUCUCCAAAUUCCAGUUUUCCAACCAGUCCAUGA